AUGUUUCGAAUAGACGAACUGAGGGUACUUUUGUGUAAGAAGUUCGAAAAGCAGCUAGGACAGCAUUGGAUUAGCGAUACGUUUCCUGACCUCAGCGAUUACCUUAGGAAAGCACUUGUCUGUAUCGACUCUACCGAGAAAGAGCCAGUGCCAACGCCGGUAGUCAAGACCAUGAUCGCAGCCACGAGUGUCCUCAUCACCAAGCUCCAGAAUACCCCGGAUAUGAGCGCAAUAAUGGAAACCCUCGCAAGUGUCCAAAACGAUCUCAAAAUGACAGCAGAUAUAGCACACUUCACAGCAGCAAAAAUACAGGAAAACACCAUCACUCACCAACAGAUUGCUACACUGAGCCAAGAAACUAAUCAAUUUGUGAAAGCGACUGCUGAAGAGAGAAGAACAACGACCGCGCUUAUACAAGAAACGAACGACAUCACCAAAGAGAUCAACGAUAAUACCAAAGUAACGAACAAUAUUGUAAAAGCUAUUCAAUCUAUACCGUCCUCAAAGGCCUCAUACGCGUCGGUAUUGACUAGAAAUACCGCGCCCCUUAGCAAACCAAUCACAUUAUCUGCUCAGACUUCAUCAUUCGUUCAGGCGCAACGUGAGAUUAUCGUGAAAAUCACAGACCCUGCUACUAUUGAAAGUCUCCGAGCAAAGAGCCCUAGAAACUUACAGAACAAUAUUGAUCGCGCAAUUGAACAGAGUAGAAACGAACACAUCGAAAGGACCGGUGUAGUAUCAGCUGACCAACUGAAGAGCGGAGACCUUAGCAUCAAGACAUCAAGCAGAAACAAGGCGGAGGCAUUGAGACAAUUUGCAAACGACCGGAUGAGCCGAAUCGGAAGAGGCGCGUCAACACGGCUCCCCAAAUAUGGUAUACUCGCACACGGGAUCAAGACAAGUUCGAUGGAUAUGGAGAAAUUCGAAGAGAUCAGAGCGGAGUUACUCCAUGACAAUAGACCUUUUAUACCGAACGCGGACAUUAAAUACUACGCAGGGAGUGACGUUAGAUAG